AUGGUAUCUCGACUGGAGAGGAAUCCGGGUCACUCCACUCACCAACAGGGUCCUGAACUGAAGGAUACCAUCAAGAUUACCCGACAAGACGAUAUGAUGUUGGCGCUGCUGUCACUGUUAGCUUUGAGGCUCGCCCUAGCGACAGGAGAUCUCUUGCAACACGGGGCACCUCCGACUGCAGCUAUAACCAGUCCAGUAGUUAUGACGGAGUGUGGUCUCGUGAAAGGGAGUCUGGAACAAGGCGUCAACGUGUUUAAAGGAAUUCCCUACGCUGAGCCGCCUGUAAACCAAAACCGGUGGAAGGCCCCAGUACCUCUCAGUAACUCGACGGGCACCUGCUGGUCGGGAACUUAUGAUGCGACUACAUUCGGGACACAGUGUACACAACCUAUAAAUUAUACCGAUUUGACACACCCAGUUGGAAACGAAGAUUGUCUGUAUCUCAACGUAUGGUCGCCAUCUUUAGACGGAAGUGACAGUCUACCUGUCAUGGUGUGGAUCCACGGAGGCGACCUGGUGGACGGAAAUGGCAGCAUGGUCGCAUACUCGCCGAAUCCAGAGGUGGCUAGGGAUUUACAAUUUGUGUUUGUCAGUAUGAACUAUCGACUGGGACCACUGGGGUUUAUGACCCUUGACCUCCUCAGUAAGGCAUCCGAAACAAGAACAUCCGGGAACUACGGUUUUAUGGAUCAGAUUCAGGUCUUGAAGUGGGUUCAGUCUAAUAUCAGAAAUUUUGGGGGCGACCCAAACAAGGUCACACUGUUUGGACAAAGCUCCGGCGGAACCAGCAUUUAUGCUCUCUUGGCGUCACCGCUAGCAGCCGGGCUAUUCCAUCGGGCGUGGCCAAUGAGUGCCUCUGCUAUUCUGAACAAGACGUCAUUAGAGGCAUCACGUGACAACCAGGUGUUCCUGACAACUACCGGGUGCGCCGACAUCCAGUGCCUUUUAGGUCUGAGCGUGGAGAAGAUCUUCACGGACAGUCCUUGGACAGUAUACCCAAGCUGGGCAAUGGCAGAUCAGGGAAACAUACCCGUCAAAGGCCAAUUUUACGGCGCCCUGGCUGUCGUUGACGGUUACGUGAUCCCUCAAUCACCCAUGGAUGCUUGGAAACAAGGGAAAGCUGUCGAUGUGCCUACUGUCUUCAGUAAUGUGGCUGAAGAGACGGACAAAUACCAUCUCAACAUCACCACGUGGAGUGAGUACAGGUCAGAGGUCACACGACAGCUUGCCUCCUUUGGAAGUGAGAUUUCAAACAAACUACUGCAACUUUACCCGGAAUCACAAUAUAGCUCCCCCAAACUUCAGUUGUCGGACUUGACCUCUGAUCUGAGGGUCAUAUGCCCAAUGGACGUUGUAGCCGAUGUUGCUGACAGAUAUUUCACGUCGUUCACCUAUAGAUACAUUGCGACACAGUGGCCCUCCCAACCUGUCCAGGGCCGCGGACGAUACGCCUUCCACGGUUGGGACGCUAUUGCCUUUUUCGGAGGAAUAAAGGACAUAGUUCCCAAUCCUUCCCAAUCGGACCUGGAUUUCACUGCCAACUUACGUCGAGAAAUAUCCGCCUUCGUAAAGACUGGUGAACCAGCGUCAAGGACGUGGAAACCCACGAAGGUCAGCACAGCCCUGCUGGGGUCGACAACGACGGUGACCACCUUCUACCACCGGGACCAGUGUUCCUUCCUGCUUCGAAACGGCUUCUUCUCCUAUGCCUGGAUCAACUGACCAUAAAGGUCAAAGUUGUUAAAUCGAAUACAGUAAUUGAUAUUGACCCCUUUAAAAGUAACCCUUCGGAAAACGGACGCUUCUCCUACGUACGGAUCACAGUAUGUUAAAAUACACGAAUGUGAACAAGCUUUUAGUUCAAGGUUACCCUUUAAACUUCUGAAUUAAAAUUGAUGUGUCAA